GGCGAAAACAAACAUGGCUGAUUCGGAGUUCGAGCAAUUCAGGCAUAGUUUCGGGUUUUUGUCGUCGCACACCAAAACGACUGCACCUUUUUAUUCUUUGGUUCACAAUGUCGAAGUCGACGAAGAUUCUCCGACUUCUUCCAAGAGCGACUUAGAAAACGACUGUGAUAACAAUGAAGACGGUCCGGAAAAUCAAAGCGGACCCUCUUCGUUGGGUGGUACGAAACCCGAAACGCCGUCUCUUACUAUCGCGACGCAAUGGACGGGGGAAAGGAGAAGAAGAAGGCUACCGGAAAUACCCAAAAAUAAGAAAUCGGCUGUAGUAACAAUGUACAAUGCACAACAUCAAUUCUCCAGAGAUAUAUCACUGGCCGACGAGCUGGGUAGUACCAGCAGUGGACCGAGCUCAAUUCUAGUAUUAAAAUGCGGAUAUCUAUGGGACGACUCCCCAGAGUCAGACAGACUUCUGACGGACGCCGACAGCGGCCACAGCACGGCGCACUCGCCCACCGGCACGGACGGGCCCAAGUCAAUGUCGCCGGUGGCCAUGACGUCGCCGUCCGCCGUCUGCGAGGACGUCGGUGCGCUCGAGGCGACGCACCGUGGGCUACACAAGUUCGUGCCCCGGCACCGCGACGAGAUCGACGUCGAGAUCGGUGACCCGAUCUACGUGCAAAAGGAGGCGGACGAUCUGUGGUGCGAAGGAGUGAACCUCAGAACGGGAAGGAUGGGCAUUUUUCCAUCGGCAUAUGCGGUAGACUGUGAUUAUACUGACUGGGAUUCGUCUUGCGAACAUGGACGAAGAGAACGCUAUAUUUUAGGUUAUAUAGGGUCCGUAGAAACCUUGGCACAUAAGGGAACAUCAGUUGUAUGUCAGGCGGUAAGGAGAGUUAUCGGAAGUACAGGCAACGAACCUGACUUACAACCCUGUACCCUCGAAGUAUCGGAUCAAGGUUUAAGGAUGGUGGACAGAAGAAAGAGAAACCAAAAUGAACCCUGUAUCGACUACUUCUAUUCCCUGAAGAAUGUAUCGUUCUGUGCUUUCCACCCCCGAGAUCAUCGCUACUUAGGAUUUAUUACCAAACACCCCACGUUACAAAGGUUCGCCUGUCACGUCUUUCGAGGAGAUGAUUCUACCAGACCUGUCGCAGAGGCAGUAGGUCGUGCCUUCCAAAGGUUCUACCAGAAGUUUAUCGAGACUGCUUAUCCCGUUGAAGAUAUUUACAUAGAAUAGAAAUAAAUGUUAAGUGCAAUAAAUACCUACUUAUAAUGUAUAAUACAUUAUAAUGCUGUGUAUAUCAAUAAAGAGAAAUAUUAACUUUUAUUUGUAA